AUGACCCAACAAGACUAUAAGAUUAUCUCCCAUGAAAAACGGCUGCGGAGGAGCCAAAAAAUUCCCCCAGCCUGGAUACUUGACCAAGAAAUGCUCCACGGCUCCAUUAACCUUUUUGAUGUACCACCCACCUGUGGGAUCUUAAGCGAGACUGAGAUCGAAAUCACGUCCAACUACGACGCAACAGGUCUUCUGAUGGGUCUUAAAGUUGGCACUUGGUCUGUUGAGCAAGUCACCACAGCUUUUUGCAAGCGAGCAGCUAUUGCUCAUCAGAUGGUGAAUUGUUUGACAGAAAUCUUUUUUGAUCAGGCGAUCGAGCGUGCUCGCCAACUUGAUAAACAGCGACUCGAUUUAACGGAUGGCAAGACGCUCCCGCCACUCUUUGGCCUGCCCGUUUCACUCAAAGAUACUUUUCAAGUUAAAGGGCAUGAUACCUCAACCGGUUUGGCUUGCUAUGUCAAUGCGCCAGCCGAAGAACACAGCGCUAUUGCCGCCAUGUUGCUUGAUCUUGGCGCCAUUCUUUACUGCAAGACAAAUGUCCCGCAGUUAGUCAUGACCGCCGACAGCGACAAUAAUGUAUUUGGAAGGACACUCAACCCUAUAAAUGCCUCCAUAACUGCCGGUGGUAGCACAGGCGGUGAAGGUGCACUGCUCGCCCUUAGAGGAAGCGUUCUUGGAGUUGGUACAGAUAUAGGCGGAAGUAUCCGUGUGCCGGCUCUUUGUAACGGAAUUUAUGGGUUGAGGCCGAGUGCAGGCCUGAUUCCUCACGGUGGCACGCGUGACCUUACUGAACCAGGCACAGACGGAGUAAGGUCGAGUGUUGGACCAAUGGCAACUACGUUCCGAGACUGUGUUCUCUUUCUGAAGUCAAUCAUGAAGGCCGGUACAUGGAAGUAUGACAGCGCUGUUAUCUCGUUGCCAUGGAUAGAUCUCAAAGCCGCAAAGACCUUGCGAAUUGGUGUAGUUGAAGACGAUGGUGUCUACACCCCGGUUCCACCAGUGAGAAGGGUCCUGAAGAAGGCAGUUGAUCAACUUCGACAGAGUAAUGCUGUUGAAAUUAUCCCAUUGACUCUACCAAACGUCAAGAAUUUGUGUGAAGACCUUUUGACGUACUUUACUUUAUUGGGAGACGAGAAUUACCUUGAACAGUUUAGCCGAACUGGAGAGCCUGUGGUGCCAUCUCUCAAGACAAUUGGCCUCCUGUCAAGAGAAAAAACAACUCUCAAAGGCUUCUUCGACUUGAACGUACGUAGGGCGGAAGCUGCAAAGGUAUAUCUGCGCCUCUUUUGUGACAACAAUCUAGAUGCUAUCUUGAUGCCUCCAGCACCCCAUACUGCGCUGCCCUUGGAUACUUGGACGAGUAUUACAUACACAGGGUUGUGGAACUACCUUGACUACCCAGCAGUAGUCAUACCUAUAGAUGUUGUAACAGAUUCAGAUUCCAAAGACGAUCUCAGUAACGCGAAAAACGGUACCCAUGACGCCGAAGUUUAUAAACUAUAUACAGGGCCAGACCUUUAUAAAGGCCUCCCAAUCGCCGUUCAGGUGGUUGGGUACCGGCACCAGGACGAAGCACUGGUUGCUACGGCAGGGAUGCUGGAUUCAAUCAUUAAUGGUGAGCGGUUAUAA